UACCACUGCCACUGCCACCGCACUGCAACACCCCUCUCUCUCUCCCCCUUUCAUUGCUUUUACCUCUGCAACAACAGGGCAGAGCCCACCUCUCUCCUGACCUCACACAAGCGUACCCCUCUCUCUCUCUCUCUCUCUAAAGCAGAGGAUCCCCACCUCUCUCUCUCAUCAAUGACACAGUCACCUCUCUGUCUCUUCUAAAGCUUAUGCUUUUCUUUACUCAGUAGUUCCAUUACCCUGUUCCAAGCCUCUUCCUCGUCAUUACUGUUUUGGUAACUGGUCCGUCUUGUUGCAAGGCUCUUCCUCGCCAUUACUGUUUUGAUAACUGGUCCGUCUUGAUCCUCCUCAUAGAGAAAGAGAAGAGAUUUGAUCUAGUGUUUCUUUGAGAGAGAGGGGUGUCUGUAAGCAUGAGUAAAGAUAAGCUGGUGAUAGAGGUAGUAGCGGCCCACAAUCUCCAGCCCAAAGAUGGACAGGGCUCUUCGAGCCCCUUUGUCGAAGUCCACUUCGAGAACCAGAGGCUCCGCACCCAGUCCAAGUUGAAGGACCUUAACCCUGUGUGGAAUGAGAUGCUUGUCUUCAACAUCGGCGACCUCGCCGACCUCCCCUACCGGACGAUCGAGCUCAACAUAUACAAUGAGAAGAAAUCAGGGCUUAGCCGAAACUUCCUCGGAAAGGUCAGGAUAUCAGGUUCAAGUGUUCCCCCUCAUGGCCAAGAGGUGGCUCAGCUCUGCACCCUCGAGAAAAGAAGCCUCUUCUCUCACAUCAGGGGUGAAAUAACCCUCAAGGUCUACCACACAAACGACCCGAAGAUUGUAGCAGCAUCACCGGGUGGUGGUUCUGUUGUUUCGGCAGAGGAGCCGAAGCCUUCCGAUACGAAGAAAGAAGCCAAAGCUCAAAAGCAGCAGCAACAACAACUUUCUUCUAGCUUGAAUCAGCAGCAAGCGAUGCAGCAACAAGGGAAGGCUCCGGAGCAAAAACAGAGCAAUGAGAAGCCGCCUGUGAUAGUUGCUGCUGCGGGUCCUAUAGCUUCACAACCGCCACCCCAGCAGCAACAGCAGCCAAGCGAAUACAGUCUCAAGGAGACGAAGCCACAGUUAGGCGGAGGGGCUUUGUUCAGGGACAAGAGUAGCUGGACCUAUGACUUGGUGGAGCAAAUGCAGUAUCUCUACGUACGCGUGGUGAAGGCGAGAGACCUUCUGACCAAUCUUACUGGCGGGUGUGAUGCUCACGUUGAGGUGAAGGUGGGGAAUUACAGAGGGGUCACGAAGCCGCUUGAUAAGAGGGGAGGGAACAACUUGGAGUGGAACCAGGUGUUUGCAUUUUCAAAGGAUUGCAUUCAGUAUUCAAUGGUGGAGGUGGCAGUGAAGGAGAAGGAUGACACAUUGAUGGGGAGAGUGGCAUUUGAUUUGAGCGAGGUGCCCAGAAGGGUGCCACCGGAUAGUCCGUUGGCUCCUCAGUGGUACAGGCUCGAGGGCAAGGGCAGGGGUGAGGUGAUGGUCUCAGUGUGGAUGGGGACACAGGCCGACGAGGCCUUUUCAGAGGCUUGGCAUUCGAAGGCAGCUGCUGUUCAUACAAGUGAUGGGCUUGCAGUCAUCAAAUCAAAGGUUUAUCUCUCUCCUAAACUCUGGUAUUUGAGGGUCGGAGUGAUUGAGGCACAGGACCUGUUGCAGGCUGGAAGUAAAAAUGGGGCCGUUAGGUACGCGGAACUGAGUGUGAAGCUGCAAUUAGGCAACCAGGUUGCGAAGACCAGGCCUUCUGUUUUGAGGAACUCGAGCCCCCGGUGGAAUGAGGACCUGAUGUUUGUGGCUGCCGAGCCCUUCGAGGACAGCCUUAUGAUUGUGGUGGAGGAUAGGGUGAGCCCAAACCAGGAUGAAGUGCUCGGAGGGGUGCUCAUACGCCUUGCCACAGUCGAGCAGCGAACUGAUGAUAGGACGCCAUUGUCAAGAUGGUUCACCCUUGACAAGCAGCAAGGCCUAAAGCCCUCCUCGCAGGCCAGUGGGGGUGGCCGGAUUCACUUGCGCAUGUGCUUAGAUGGCGGCUACCAUGUGCUUGAUGAGUCUGCAAUGCAUAGCAGCGACCUCAGGCCGACUGCCAAGCAGCUGUGGAAGCCACACAUUGGGGUCUUAGAGAUGGGAAUUCUUGGUGCCGAUUCCCUGUUACCUAUGAAAAUCAAGGAUGGUAACGGCACCACUGAUGCUUACUGUGUGGCCAAGUAUGGCCAGAAGUGGGUUCGAACCCGGACAGUUGUCGAUAGCCUCAUGCCCAAAUGGAAUGAGCAGUAUACAUGGGAAGUAUUCGACCCCUGCACCGUGGUUACAAUUGGUGUCUUCGACAAUGGCCACCUUCAUACCAGUCCCGGCAAUGGCACAAUGCUCCGUGAUUCAAGGAUUGGGAAGGUGAGAAUCAGGCUAUCGACUCUCGAAUCAGACCGAGUCUACACCCAUUCUUAUCCUCUCCUACUCCUCCAUUCCUCUGGUGUGAAGAAGAUGGGCGAGCUCCAUUUGGCCUUGCGCUUCUCCUGCUCCUCACUCCCCAACGCUUUACAUCUCUAUAUGAUGCCCCUUCUUCCGAAAAUGCACUACCUUCACCCCCUCUCUGUGGCACAAGUUGAAGCCCUGCGCUACCAAGCCAUGAACAUGGUGGCCAUGCGUCUAGGCAGGGCUGAGCCCCCCUUGUGGCGUGAGGUGGUUGAGUACAUGCUAGACCUCGACUCCCAUAUGUGGAGCAUGCGUAGAAGCAAGGCCAACUUCUUCCGCCUCAUGUCGAUUCUCUCCUGUGUGGUCGGGGUCGGUCGUUCGGUUGAGUCGGUGUGCGGUUGGAGGCGCCCAGUGGUCUCCACCCUUGUUCUGGUGAUCUUUCUUAUAGUGGUCUGUUACCCAGAGCUUGCUCUCCCAACCCUUCUAAUGUACCUCUUCAUGCUCGGGCUUUGGCGUUUCAGGCGAAGGCCGAGGCAUCCCCCUCACAUGGAUACACGCCUCUCACAUGCUGACUCCGUGUCGGUUGACGAGCUCGAUGAGGAAUUCGAUACAUUUCCGACGAGCCGGAGCUCAGACGUGGUGAGGAUGAGGUAUGACAGGCUGAGGAGUGUGGCGGGUAGGAUACAGACAGUGGUGGGGGACAUGGCGACGCAGGGGGAGCGGCUGCAGUCGCUGCUCAGCUGGAGGGACCCGAGGGCGACCUCGCUGUUCCUCACAUGGUGCCUAGCGGCUGCAAUCGUGUCUUAUGCUGUUCCAUUUCAGCUGCUGCUCACUGCGGCUGGUUUGUAUGCACUGCGCCCGCCCAAGUUCAGGAGUCGUUUACCUUCGCCUGCACUCAAUUUCUUCAGGCGGUUGUCUGCAAGGGCUGAUAGCUUGCUGUGAAUGAUGGGGCUCUCCAUUAAUGGAGAAAGAACUGAAUAAUAUUGAGUCAUGGGGUUCUCUGUUUGGUUUCAGUUGAUGAUGGUGGAGUUUUGGUUCCCCUGGUUGUAUGGUUGGGGGCAAUUUUGGGAGCUUCUUCUUGGUGGUGUUGGUGUUUUACAGUGUCUUUACGUGGUUUGGAUGUAUGCUUUACUGGGUUCUGCUAUAGUUUUGUACAGAAAAGGGGGUGGGGUUUAUUCAUGUGCUUUACGAUUUGAUUGCUACCGUGGUUCAUAUAUUUGCAGGGAUUGAUCCCUUUCUUUUGU